AUGGGUCCAGACACGCCUCUCCCCCUUCCCUCCGAAUUUACCGAUACUGAAGAAUACGUCGAGUCCUUGCUGAACUUGACAACUUCCUCAUGGCUGCUUCAGACGCUAUGUGGAGGUGUCCAUAUACUGGAUUUCUACACUAGAUCACCUGAUCUCUACUCCCACAUCCUGCCACAGUCAUGGAGAGACUGGUUCAGGACGCAAGAUAUCAUGGACAUCUUGGACCUCUUGAUGAGAGAAGACCUCAGUCAAUUCGACUCGGCAGGAGAAACUAACGACAAGACAUGGCGGGAUGGCCCUGCACCACCAGAAGAACUGCUACAAUACAUUCGGACUGUGCGAAAACAUUUGUUGGCCCGUGACUUUCCUCCACCCAACUCCGGUCUAGAGCCUCAAAAGGCUGCUAUAUCACGUCACAUCGCAACCGGGAUGAAAGUCAAGAAGGUGCACGAGGUUGACAAUUUUGCGCGUUACAUUGACAGACUCACCUCUGAGAUAGCGCAGUCUGAUAAGAAACCAAUUACCCAUCUUGUGGAUUUCGGCUCAGGCCAGAACUAUCUCGGACGCGCACUCGCUGCUCCCCCUUACUCUAAGCAUAUCGUAGCUGUAGAGAGUAAGCAGCAUAAUAUAGAGGGAGCGAAGAAUAUGGAUAUCUUAGCCAAGCUGGUGGCAAAGCCUAUCGUCAUGAGGAACAAGAAAGAGUACCGCGCGAAGAUGGGCAAAGUGAAGAAGGACAAGAAGGCUGAAGGAAACGAACCUACGACAUCAGCCGAUGUACCGGUUUCAGUUGUCACUAAGGAGGACGACUCAGGAAUAAACGGACAUGAUCAGGAAGCCCCAUCUAACUCACCUACCCAAGAUGCUGCUCUAGCCCCAACACCCCAGAACAGCGCGAACUGCGAUGAGGAUGGCUGCACAGUUCCUCUGGUGUCCCAUGUGAACUUAACCCCUGCGCUUCCCGGAUCCACGUCCGAGGCGAGCGGGCUUACAGAUCAAGUUCCGGCUACCAAAACUUCUACGCUACAGAUAUACAACGAAGGCCAUGGUAGCGUACAGUACGUAGAGCACAUCAUCAAUGAUGGUGAUCUAACGCCCGUUAUCGACCAAGUCCUGGACAGCUCACGCGUACCCGACGAGGUUGUAAGCUCGGAGACAUCUGUAGUCGCUGAAGCUACCGACUUAAACGCUGUACCGAAACCAAAAAAAGUAAACGCAAUGGUCAUUUCAUUGCACUCGUGCGGCAACCUUGUCCAUUACGGACUACGUUCUAUGCUUCUCAACCCACAUAUCUCCGCGGUAGCGAUGGUAGGGUGUUGCUACAAUCUAGUCACAGAACGUCUUGGUCCUCCCACCUAUAAGCUACCUACGCUUCGUCCCAAUCAUCCACGCCUAGAGUCUACUUCUAAAGCCUUCGACCCGCAAGGGUUUCCCAUGUCAGAAAAACUUGCAAACUACCCACUACCACAUGCGCCUUUGGAAUCUUUCCAUGAUGACUCGAAAGCAGACGGUGACAAAGCUAAACAACCAACGGGUGUACGUCUCAAUAUCACCGCCCGUAUGAUGGCCGUACAAGCACCUUUCAACUGGGGUGUGACAGACUCGGAACUUUUCUUCACUCGUCACUUCUAUCGAGCUCUGCUCCAGCGCAUCUUCCUAGAUCGUGGUGUGGUCUCCGCACCCUUGGACGAGCAAGGGCUUGUUGGUAGUGCAGUCUCAGCUAAUGGCCACACUUCGCAAGUGAACUGGACGCCACCAAAUGGCCUUGGUCCUGGCCUCUCCUCAGAUGGUACUACCACGCCCCUCACCAUCGGCACUCUACGCAAAUUCGCCUACAGCGAUUUCGUCUCCUACGUUCGUGCCGCGCUAGCAAAACUGACCACGGAAAACUCUUUCUGUGAGGUUGAUCCAAAUUUCAUUAAGGAGAAGAUGGAUGGGUUGACAGAUGACGAUAUCAGGAACUACGAAGUAAGCUAUGCUGAGAGGAAGAAGGAAUUGUGCGUCAUGUGGAGUUUGAUGGCCUUCAGCGCUGGCGUAGUGGAAGCUGUCGUGGUCACGGAUCGAUACUUGUGGCUCAAGGAGCAGGAAGAAGUCGAGCAUGCAUGGGUUGAGCCAGUAUUUGAGUACAAGUACAGCCCGCGCAACCUUGUUGUCGUGGGCAUCAAGAAGUAG